AUACCCGCGGCGGAUCCGGCACAGUGUUUAUUUUGGGCUCGCCCCAGUGGUCGGCUAAAGAUCUGUACGUCACAAGUGGUAACACAACGCGUUCCAUCGCACCAGCGUCCGAGGGUCGGGUUUCACGUGUAGCACGUCAUUUCGUACACGCAGCGGCAUCGUCACCGUCGCCGAAACACGAUGUUGCUAAUGAAAUCACUGUUAGUAGCGAUUGUAUCAACGUCACUUGUUGUUGGUUUGCCGACCCCGGUACCGGACAAAUCAUUACAGCCUGUUCAACGUCAAAAGAAACACGCCGACAGUGGCUAUGGCUCGGAUGUAGUUGGUUAUGAUUCUCAUCAUUAUGAAAAACCUAAAGGACAUUGGGAAAAGAAGUUAGCCUGGAAAGAGGAAUGGAAGCAAGAAUGGAAAACAGUCAAGCAAGAAGUGUGGAAGACUACAGUGGAAAAAGUUAAGGUUCCUAUAUGGAAAGAAAUCAAAGUCCCCAUCUGGAAAGAAAUAAAAGUACCUGACUGGAAAGUCAUUCAGACUCCAGUGUGGAAAGAAAUCAAAGUGCCUGUAUGGAAGGAAGUGAAAGUACCCGAUUGGAAAGUAAUCCAAGUGCCUGCAUGGAAAGAGAUUCAAGUACCCGUGUGGAAAGAGAUUCAAGUACCUGAAUGGAAAAAGACUUACGUACCAGAAUGGGUUAAAGAAUUCGUGCCCGGUUCAAAACAACUAGGCAAAGACCAUCAUGGGUGGGAAUAUGUAGCCCAUGAUUUAUGGAAGAAAAAGCUCAUAUGGAAACCGAUAUGGAAUAAGGUAUGGAAAACUGAGAAGAAACAAGAAUGGGUGACCGAAAAGAAACAAAUAUGGAAGGAAGAAAAAGUACAAGUAUGGAGGACGGAAAAGAAAGAAGAAUGGAUUGUUGAAAAGAAACAAGAGUGGAAAGAAGAAAAGGUGCAAAUAUGGAGGACAGAAAAGAAAGAAGAAUGGGUUACUGAGAAAAAACUCGAGUACAAAACUGAGUGGAAAGAACAUAAAGUUCCCGCUUGGAAAGAGAUCCAAGUGCCCACUUGGAAAAAAGUCUAUAAGCCAGUAUGGGAAAAGGUUUGGGUGGAAGACCAUCAUGACCAUCAUGAAUCUAGUGGUGGAUAUGAUAGUCAUCACGAUAGUUUCAGCAGUGAUGAUGGCUAUGGUUACCAUAAAAAAUGAAUGACAUGAUGCCAUGUUCGCUGUAAAUCCUUCAAAAGUUACCUCUCCAGUCAAUUUUUUUAUUACACCUUAUUGUAAAUAAUUUUCGUUAGUUUAAGUACUUUCUUCUUGAUGUGUUUUUUAUAGAUUUUUUUAAAAAUAUAAUAAUGACAACAUGAUA